GUCAAAAAAAUUUGCGAUGAGCUUAAAAGGAAGAGGGAACGGCAAUUGAAGGAACGUCGUGAUAUUGAAAAAGCAAACAAACCUUCGAGACAAAUAUGUGUCGCUGCUUUAUCCAGAAAUCUCGGAGCUCAGGUUCAUGCCCUUAAUAAAGAUAGCUCCUCACAACCCGUACAAUCUGAACCUGAGCCUUACGUACCCUCCGGUAUUGGCGUAGACCUUGAUGCUCCAGAAUAUGUCCCCGGAGCCAUAAAACGGAAGAAGCCAUCUUCUUUGAUGGAUGCCUUGGAAGAAAUGGGAGCAAGUUCUUCGGGGUCGGUUUUUGUGUCCAGUCGGAAAAUUGGUGUUAGGAUACCAAAACUCAACCGUCCAUCAUCGAAUCAAGAAUCACGCAUUGCAGCGCCCCAAAUGUCUUCAACGAAUGGCUCGAUUAAUGAUCAGAGUCAGCACACCCUCACCUCUUGCAAACGAUUACCAAAACAGCUUAAUCCAAUAGUGUCUGUCAAGAAGCCAAACGCACGUCAUGACAUCAGCGAAACCCGCCAGUUGAAUUCUGCUGGAGAUAAAAUUUCUGUUUCACAUCACUUGCCAAUACAUAACGGUGUCGAAAAAAGUUGGACUUCUGCUCCUUCUUCCUCAAAAAGUGUGUCCACCGUUUUUUCCAAGACCCUUGAAAAACGUAAUAACGCAAAGUUGUCACUUAAGGCGAAUAAUGCUUCCCAAACACAACGUUGUCUAGGUGCUGCAGUUAAGACCGCUAAAUUGCCCCUUAAUUCUUCGAAGCCAGUUUCUAAAAUGGUGCCUCGGGUGGGCCAAAAACCCUCCCAACUUCCACUCCCUGAUGUGAAACCGAAAUCUAGGCCUGCGGGUAUUGCCGCUCAACUAGGUUUCUCAUCAUCGAGAGUGAACGGUCCCAUCCACGUUCAGCCGCCCCUCGUUGGGUCUACGUCCAAUGGUUCAUUAAAUAUGGUUCCUAAGCCUGUUGAUCAUAAGCAGACGGGUGUUUACCGACGAUGUCCGACUGACGGGAAACCGGGUGCAGCCAAAGCUGAGCCUCCAAGGCCAAAUUUGGAAGCUAAGCCCUUGAGAUCCGCUGUGAGUAAGCCAGUUGUGCCUGCGCUGCGGGGUAUUGCUGCUCAGUAUGGGUCUGUGCCGUUCAGUACGCUCGGCUGCCGUUCGCCAGGAGGCAAUUCGUGCGAAGAUAGUGAAGACUACGCCAGUGACGAUAGUUUUAUUGACGAUUCAGAUUACACAUCCGCUAAGGAAUACGUUAAGGCCGUCAAAGAUAUCCACGAAACGCUACACUUUGAUCCGUCUAAGUAUGCAAAAGUUAGCAAAUACGAUGAUCUUUCCACGAUGGAGUCGUCCUACCGGCAGAUUGAGAAGGAAGAAAAACUCAGUUUGCGCCUCGCCAAGAAAGAAGAUGACGAAGACAUAGCCAUGGAGGCUGAGCGUCGACGCCGAAGGAUGGCCAAACGGUGA